AAUCAUGGAUGUAUAAUGGACCUGACUUCGCCUCUCUCUUGUAAAUAUCAUAUAGCACGUGAACGCUCACGCUCGUAACCGAGACCACAUCCCUUCUUCUGAGGAUGCUGCUUUCAAGUGUUCCUCGGAAAUUUGAUAGCUCUAUUAAUGGCAAAAUACAGACCUUACACCAAAACAUUCUGAUCGAUAACUUUAAUAAUAACGUUUCGACGGGGAAGACAAAUACUUCUUAAGUUAUGAGGUUUACUUUUAAAUGAUUACAUUGUAGAAGUUUUGAGAAAAUAGAGACGAACACUUCCUAUAUUUGACUAAACAACGUGCGUGUUGUUUAUUAAAAGUAAAGAGCAAAAAAAAAGAGCUCCCAACAUUCUGUUUACAUCUCUUCACGCUGACACUGUCCAACUGUUGCUGUGUUGGUGUAAAGUGAAUACCAUGAACAAACACGAAAUCCUUAAAAUGGUGCUGAAUAUUCAGUCAUAAUGAGUGCGUCACGUUUUUGUGCUUUUUUCAAAAAGUGUGGGUUGUUCAAGCAUGUCGAAUAUCAAAACUCCCACUCUCCCUGGAGACGACGUGUCUCCAUCAGGACCCCGUUGCAGACUUUUUUUGUUCCUCCCAUAGGUUGAAUCCCUUGCUGACCACCGCAAGACACACACAGAGCAAACUUUAAACGACACGGGGAAAAAAUACUUGAAGAAAUAGCCAUGAAGUUGUCUAUGAUUCGUAGUGCGUGUGGCAGCCUUCGGAUACACCCAGCCCGUUCAGGAAGCAGGGUGAGCGGCUUUACGCGGAGAUGCCCCCCGGUUGGUCCUGCUAACAGCCGGAUGAUCCUCCGGACCGCAAGCGCUACCAGCAGCGGGGGAACCAACCCGAGACUAUCCGUCAACUUUGAGAAACUGUCCCAAAAUGAGGAUGGGUUUGAAUGCGACAGUUCCUUGAGGGAAGUGGUUCAGAGCACCAAGGAGGCAAUGUUGGCCCUGCAGAGAAGAAACCCAGGAAUUCAACCCCUUUUAGCCAUUAUACAGGCAGGUGAAGUUGACAGCUUGUUGGAAAUCAAUAAGAAAAUGGCAGUAAGGAUUGGACUAAACAUCACCCAGAUUUGCCUGGCAAAGGAGUGCAGUGAAGAUGAUAUUGUUGAGGAGGUUUUGAAGCUGAAUGAAGACCCCAGGGUGCACGGAGUCUACCUCCACCUCCCCCCUGCUUCCCUCACCACUCGAGUGUUGAACACACUCAAACCUGAGAAGGACGUAGACGGGAUAUCCGAUUUAAACAUUGGUCGUCUGGUGCGAGGAGACCUGAGCAAAGGCUUUGUGCCGCCCAUAGCCAGCGCUGUGCUGGAUCUGCUGGAGAAACAUGAUGCUUCUUUGGAAAUGAAAACUGUGCUGCUGGUUGGCGGAGAAGGACCCCUUGGGGUGUCCCUGCAGUGCCUGAUUGAAAGAAGUGGAAUGGUAGUUCUCAAGAGUCAUUGGAGCUCCAAUAACUUACAAAGACAGGUGAUGCAGGCUGAUGCUGUGGUUCUGUUCGGAGCAGGGAAUAUGGAAGUCCCACCCGCCUGGGUUAAACCGGGGGCUGCUCUAAUCCGCUGUGAGCCCACCCUAGAGACAGAUGAACAUGCCAUCCAGACUGGGAUAGGAUACCUCACAGCCGCCUACAGAACGGAGAAUGUGGUGCGUAGUUGCAGUCGGUGGGUGCAGGAGCAGCAGUACCAACCCUGGCAUCUACACAGCCUCAAACUGCAGCCCCUGACCCCUGUACCAAGUGACAUAGCGAUUUCCAGAGCUCAGACUCCAAAGCCAGUGGACCAGCUGGCUGAGGAGAUUGGUUUGCUGCCAGAAGAGCUUGAAGCCUAUGGCAGAAGCAAAGCUAAGGUCCGUCUCUCCCUGUUAGACCGCCUCCACAAACAGCCUGAUGGGAAAUAUGUACUGGUUGCUGGCAUCACUCCCACCCCACUGGGCGAAGGUAAAAGCACGGUGACCAUCGGCCUAGUCCAGGCCCUGUCUGCCCACCUUCAGCUCAACUCCUUCGCCUGUCUCCGACAACCAUCCCAAGGACCCACCUUUGGGGUUAAAGGGGGAGCUGCAGGAGGGGGAUAUGCCCAGGUCAUUCCUAUGGAGGAGUUCAACCUCCAUCUGACUGGUGACAUUCAUGCCAUCACAGCAGCCAACAACCUGGUGGCAGCAGCCAUCGAUGCCAGGAUGCUGCACGAAGCAACGCAGACAGACAAGGCCCUCUUCAAUAGACUGGUCCCUUCAGUGAAUGGAGCCAGAAGAUUUUCCCCUAUCCAAAUCUCCAGGCUGAGGCGUCUAGGGAUCAAUAAAAUAGAUCCUGCGUCUCUAUCACCCGAGGAAAUCAGCACCUUUGUUCGUCUUGACCUUGACCCCUCCAAGAUCACCUGGCAGAGAGUUCUUGACACAAAUGACCGUUUCUUGAGGAAGAUCACAGUUGGACAGGCGAGCACCGAAAAAGGACAGGCCAGGGAGACUGGGUUUGACAUCGCCGUGGCCAGCGAGAUCAUGGCCAUCCUGGCGCUGGCAGACAGCCUGAUGGACAUGAAAAACCGACUGGCCCGCAUGGUGGUGGGGACCAGCCGCUCAGGGCAGCCAAUCACCGCAGAGGACCUGGGUGUGAGCGGAGCGCUGGCGGUGUUAAUGAAAGAUGCCAUCAAGCCCACGUUGAUGCAGACCCUCGAGGGUACGCCAGUGUUUGUCCAUGCUGGGCCCUUUGCCAACAUCGCCCAUGGCAACUCCUCGGUGCUGGCAGACAAGCUGGCUUUGAAGUUGGUCGGUCGAGACGGCUUUGUGGUGACAGAAGCUGGUUUUGGAGCAGACAUCGGGAUGGAGAAGUUUUUUAACAUCAAGUGCCGGGCUUCAGGGCUGAGGCCAAAUGCGGUGGUGCUGGUUGCAACAGUCCGAGCAUUAAAGAUGCAUGGCGGUGGCCCAAAUGUGUCUGCAGGCGCACCUCUUCCUAAAGAGUACAUUGAUGAGAAUCUGAGUCUGGUUGCAGGCGGAUGCCGCAGCAAUCUCAGGAAGCAGAUCCAGAUAGCUCACCUGUUUGGGGUGCCGGUCGUGGUGGCGCUUAAUGUCUUCAAGACGGACACCCAGGCAGAGAUUGACCUUGUAUGUGAGAUAGCAAAAGAGUGUGGAGCAUCUGAAGCUGUGCCGUGUCACCACUGGGCGCAGGGCGGCCGCGGCUCCAUCCAGCUCGCCAAGGCUGUCCAUGAGGCUGCCAGCAGAACCAGCGACUUCCAGUUCCUGUACAACACGGAGAUGCCAAUAGUGGAGAAGAUCAGGACAAUUGCCCAAAAAGUGUACGGAGCUGAUGACAUAGAGCUGACUCCAGAGGCCAAGGCUAAAAUUGAUUACUACAAUCAACAGGGAUAUGGUUCAUUGCCCAUCUGCAUGGCCAAGACUCACCUGUCCCUGUCCCACAUGCCUGACAAGAAGGGCGUACCCACUGGAUUCGUUUUGCCAAUCCGAGAUGUUCGUGCUAGCAUUGGGGCUGGUUUCAUUUACCCACUUGUGGGAACGAUGAGCACCAUGCCUGGCCUGCCAACCCGACCUUGUUUCUACGACAUCGACCUUGACCCGGUCACAGAGGAGAUCACUGGGCUCUUCUGAAGCGUGCUUCAAAGAUAGAUGUUGUCUCAGGU